AGAAUUAAGAGACGUGCCAUUGCACAAGGAAGUUUUACUGUUGACUGUCUAGUCUUAAAUAAAUGUUGGAUACCCUUUAUUGUGCUCCAUAUUGAUAUUUGUACUAGAGCAUGACGGUUUACCCACGAAGGAGUUCUAGUUCAAUCGCAGGCGAAAAUUUGCCUGUUUUGGAUCUUCAGAAAUAGCAUUCAGUGAAUCCCAGGUUUCUUGGUCUGUAUAUAAGAAUCCAGAGAUAUCUAUUCCAAUGCAACUCGAGCUGAGACCUUAAGCAAGGAUUGCUGGCCAAAGCUAAGAAGGAAAGAGAACAUUCUUUGCAUCAAAGCACUGUGGAGAGCACAGCGGAUCAAUCCGUCUUUGAUUGAGAGCAACACAAGCGGCCACGUCUUUUAAUCUGGUAGAAAAAUGUCCGCGGCUUAUACAUUCCUUUUGGCAGCAGCAUUGCUGGCCCUCUUGCCUCCUUCAAGUAGUUCAGGAUCUCAGUGUGAUUGUCCGCAGAAUUGUAUAUGUAACAAUUCAAAAAGUGUCAUCUGCUCAAACUUGAAGACAUUCCCAAAACUUUGCAAUGGUACACAAUUCGUCACCAUCCGCAACAGUGCGAUCAGUACGUUGAAUGAAAAUGACAAUUUGCCAAUUUCUGUUCGUCAUCUGAUAGUACAAAGAUCGCAGACAAAAUCAAUUGAUGAAGGAUUCUUUCCAAAAGGUUCGGAAUUGACUCUUUUGUCUCUUGACAAUAAUGACAUUGCAAAAGCAGACUGGUUCAAAAAUAUCCCACAUCUGGCCAAUUUGGAUUUAGGUGCUAACCAUCUUUCAAAAUUAGAAGUGCCGUCGAUUAUUCAUCUGACUGAUCUCAAACUCAAUGGAAAUAAAAUCCCUCAUUUGGAUGUAUCGUCUGCUUUGUGUAAAAUGGACAGGUCACGCCUGUGCAAUCUACACCUGGAUGGGAUGGACUUGACAGCUUUUCCACAAGGCAUCAUUGGUUGCAGUGACAAAACUAAGAAGGCUCUUCAAGUGACUUUCCUUUCUCUUUCUAAAAACAAGAUCAAGGUCAUCCCAAGGAUGACCUCCUUGAAGGUCAAGAAACUCUAUUUUUCUUCGAACAGGAUCAAAGAUAUCCCUGAUGGUACAUUUCCCCAGUCUUUGACCCUUCUUAUCGUCGCAAACAACCCGCUGGGCUACAAAGGGUUGACAGUUGUUGCCAGGUUAACCAAUCUCAAACAUCUCGAUCUUUCUGGAAUCAAUUACAAAUAUUUCCCCUUGGACAUGUUCCACUCUCUAACUAAACUUGAGUUUCUCAGCCUGAUGAAGUGUAACAUCACCAAAAUCCAGGCUCCAAUGUUGAAAAACCUUGCUGAUCUCAAAUCACUGAAUCUCCAAUCAAACCAUCUCAAAUAUAUUCCUGUGGAUGUAUGGUCUCCGUUGAAAAACAUCGAAAACGUAUUUCUUGAUCAUAACGAAAUUUCACACAUCCUGCAGACAGAUGAGAUGGAGAUAUUUUUGUUCCAUUUGAAGAAGUUAGGGAUAUCAAACAACCCGUUCUCUUGCACAUGCACCAUUGUCUGGUUCAGCAAGUGGAUGAGAUCUCUGUAUCGCACCACUGAAAUCCUUAGUACACAGAAAAUGAAUUGUACAUCGCCUGCCCAUUAUAAGGGGUAUCCCUUGGCCGAGUUCAUCCUCCCCAACUGUGACAAAGAGAAAAGUGAUUUGGAAAUCACUUUAGCAACAGUAGCUAUAAUUGUACUUGUGGCUUUUAUAGUCGGAAUUAUGGUGUGUUGUUGCCGACAAGGGAGUCAUGAAUCCCAGUCAAAAUCCACUAUAUUGAACAGAGGGGGCCGAUAUUAUGAAGCGAUAUAAAUAUCACGCAAGGGGA